AUGGACGCCUAUGGUGGUAACGAUGAGGAGAACUCAGAGCUACGGAAGCUCCUGGCAGAGGUGAACGAGGAUUCCGACAAUUUUGAAAUCUGGGAAAAGCUCGUGCGCGCCGGCGAAGCGUUAGAGGGUGGAAUCAACAGGAACUCGAGUUCACAAGCGAUCACGGCCAUAAGAGGCAUCUACGACCGUUUCCUUGGAAAAUUUCCUCUCUUUUUCGGAUACUGGAAGAAAUAUGCGGACCUCGAAUUCUCCAUAGCUGGCACCGAAGCAGCCGAAAUGGUUUAUGAACGAGGAGUCGCAAGCAUUACCAACUCGGUUGAUUUAUGGACGAACUAUUGUUCAUUCAAGACCGAGACGAGUCACGACGCCGAGAUCAUUCGAGAGCUCUUUGAGAGAGGAGCUGCUUGUGUGGGGCUGGAUUUCCUCGCCCAUCCCUUCUGGGAUAAGUACAUCGAAUUUGAAGAACGGCUGGAAUCAUACGAUCGGAUCUUCGCCAUCUUGAACAGAAUCAUCCACAUUCCCAUGCACCAAUAUGCCCGAUAUUUCGAAAAAUAUCGGCAAAUGGCCCAAUCGAGACCGCUCACUGCCAUUGCACCUCCGGGAACACUAACCCAGCUUCAGAUGGACCUUGAGAAUGAGGGUGCUGGAUACAAAGCUGGUCGGAGUCAAGCAGAAGUGGAACGAGAACUCCGUACGCGGAUCGAUAAUUAUCACCUCGAAAUUUUCAGACGGACGCAAGCCGAGACCACGAAAAGAUGGACGUACGAAUCCGAGAUCAAGCGCCCUUAUUUUCAUGUCACGGAGCUGGAUGAAUCCCAACUUACGAAUUGGCGCAAAUAUCUUGACUUUGAAGAAGCCGAAGGCGACUAUACACGCAUUCAGUUCUUGUAUGAACGGUGCUUGGUCACUUGCGCUCACCACGAUGAGUUUUGGUUGAGAUAUACCCGGUGGAUGUUGGCUCAGCCAGGGAAAGAGGAAGAAGUCCGAAAUAUCUAUCAAAGGGCAUCUUGUCUAUUUGUGCCGAUCGCUCUUCCUGCGACCAGACUGCAAUAUGCUUAUUUCGAAGAGAUGACUGGACGAGUUGAUGUGGCAAAAGAUAUUCACGAAGCUAUUCUGGUCCAAUUGCCCGGCCAUAUCGAGACUAUUGUUUCAUUGGCCAAUGUUACUCGCCGCCACUCGGGCCUCGAAGCUGCGAUCUCCGUAUACCAAGCCCAGAUUGAUUCUCCAACAAUUGACAUCUCUGCCAAGGCCGCUCUCGUUGCCGAAUGGGCGAGAUUGUUGUGGAAGAUCAAAGGAUCAUCUGAAGAAGCGCGCCAAGUGUUCCAAAAGAAUCAGCAUUGGUAUCUUGAAAGUCCAGCCUUCUGGACUAGCUACUUACGAUUUGAGAUCGACCAGCCUACCAGCAGCGACACCGAACAGACACACUAUGAUCAAAUACGACGCAUUGUCGACGAAAUACUCUCGAAGAGCGCCUUGCCCGAGACAACGGUCCAAGAAUUGGUUACGAUGUACAUGAAGUACCUGCUUGAGAGGGGUAGCAAAGAUGCAGCGAAGGAGUACAUGAACCUCGAUCGUGAAAUAAACGGUCCCACCUCCGUUCAGAAAUUGCCAAAGACGAGUCAAGAUCCAAGCAAAAUCCUCGGACUUGUUAACGGGCAAGUAUGUCAUCACCCGGUCGAAUCUUGUGCCGUGACCGACUAA